ACAGCGUCAGUCAUUGUGCUGGAGCAGGACUUUACCCCUUAUCGAACGCCGUUGUCACUUCAACUUUUGUGUUUUCUCUCCUCGGUCCUAUACGGUCGUGUAUGACGUUUCACUUUCGCACAACUGGUGAGAAUGACUUGGGAAUUGAGGGACAUCGUGUAUAACCCUGUGUGGAUGAUCUCCACAGUCAUCCUGGGGCUGGUGGUACGAUCACAACGAAGGGGCUCGUGGGACCCACGCGCGUGUAAAGUGGAGCUCAAGGGGAAAACUGCCAUUGUCACCGGUGCCAAUACAGGCAUUGGGAAGUUCAUCGCCCUGGACUUUGCACGGCGGGGCGCACGUGUGAUCCUAGCUUGCCGGAGCGAAGCUCGAGGGAAUGCCGCCGUGCGUGAGGUCCGGCAGCUGAGCGGGAACGCGGACGUACACCUGCGCCUGGUGGACGUGUCCUCGCUGGAGUCCGUGCGGGAGUUCGCCACCAACAUUCUACGGGAGGAGAAAGAGGUCCACAUCCUGGUGAACAACGCUGGAGCCUCAGGUUUGCCUAGAGGCAUUACAGCUGAUGGGCUCGAGGUUUCCUUUGCAACAAAUCACGUAGGACCAUUUCUCCUAACCAGUCUUCUACUGGACCGUCUGAAGAGCUCAGCUCCAGCCCGCAUCAUCAAUGUGUCUUCUGUCAACCACUGGCGGGGGAAAGUGGACUUUUCUCAUUUCCACGGCAACAACCUUGUCUACCGCAUGGACGAAGUGUACAACCACACCAAGCUGCACAAUGUCCUCUGGACUAACGAACUUGCCAGACGGCUUAAGGGCACAGAUGUGACCGCGAACUCUCUGCACCCGGGAGUAGUGAUGACCGAAGUGAUGCGACACUAUAACUGGGUGGUGCAAUUCAUCUUCAAACUGGUUGGAUUUUUCUUCUUCAAGACUUCUGAAGAAGGGGCCGUAAGUACCAUCUAUUGUGCGGUAGCUGAGGAGACGGAGGGGAUCUCUGGGAAGUACUUUGACAGCGACUGCUCCCUGGUGAAGCCCUCGCCGACCGCCCGCGACCCCGCCAUUGCCCUCAAGAGCUUUGAGUUUUGCGAGAGACUGACCUCCAAACUUUAACCUCCACAGACACCCUGACCAUCUUAUCAGUCAGGCCCAGGCACCUAUACUGUUUUUAUAAACCUGAGGUCCCCUUUUCAGUUAUGUUUCAUAGUCUAGCUGCCAUGAGGUGGAUUUGCCCUCAUUUCAGAGCAGCAUUUGUUCUUGUUUUUGUUCUUGAUAACUGAUUUUCUGAUUUGACCCCUGUCUGAUAAGUUAGCAGUGAUGAAGAUUGGGUAGAAUUCAUCAGCUCGGUACACUGUUCAACCAUGACGCUUAAAAGCACUUACUGACCAACAAUAGCAACACUAGCAAGGUCAAAUUCCUUUCCAUUACUUUCCAGUCCAACAUUAUGCCAUAUUAAUCCGUAUAAAUAAUACAACACAAACAGCACAUAUAGGGGGCGUCUCUGAACUAAUGUUACUUGCCCCCAUUUAUCAGAAAUGCUACUACAUUUGAUAUAAAAAUGUGUAUUUUUGUACAUCUUACUAUCAAAUAUACAACAACAGAAGUUAUGUCUCUUUUAUGAUUAGGAACCAUGUUUGUUUUACAAUAAAGCUGCUGUUUCUGUAAUAGAGUCUUUAUUUUGACCCUUUCUAUUGAAGAUUUCUAUUCAGUCAUUUCCACUUGAAAGAUGAAAGCUGGUCUCCCCCUUACUUCUUAGACUGAACUAUCUCUCCUUAUGUUAUCUUCAAGAUAAAUGUGCACACUGAGCUGUAGUAGCAAGUGUACAAUACCCUCUGUAUGUCUAUGCAUGUCUUUGAUGUGUCUUUUCAUGUUUGCUGAGGUUAUCCAGGUAUUUUAAUAUGGUUAACUUAUGAACUCAUGUUCAACUUAUGCAUCCAUCAACAGAAACAUUCUGUUGGUCAACAGUACAAGAAGGCAUGUAACAGCACACUGAAUCCUAGAAGGCACAUUGGUCAAAUUCAGUGUGUGAAAGACAGAUAACACAGACACAGAUAACAUGGCACCAUCCUCCAUCUGUCCCUCUGCCAUGCCAUGGCCUGCAAACUCUUACAAUCUCAAGCGUAACCCUUCAGCUGUUCUGUGUUGAACAUCGUAUUAAAAUAAUUACUUGAUAAUUAAAAUAAUUAAUUUUGAAGUAAAAUUAAUUUAGAUCACGACAGCAACAUUUAAAACACUGAAGGGUUAAUUGUUCAAAUCAUGGGUUUAUCGUUGGUUCAAAUAAAGACAGUUAUUCAAAA